CGGGCAGCGCGGGGCCCCGGCGGCAGCGGCGGCAGGACCGGCUGCGGAGCGGGGGGGUAGCGCGGAUUUUGAGCUGAGUUUUGAGCGUUUCGUGUCUUUUUUUUUUCCUUCUAGUACUUAUUGUUUUUACCCGUUUUCCCGCGGCGCCCCGCGGAGGGUGCGCGGCCCCCCUCCUUCGGGCGGGCACAGCGCGCGGCCGGCCCGGCUCUGCCGUCCGCCGAUGCUCAACAUGACCGAGGAGCACGACAAAGCGCUGGAGGCUCCGUGCAGCCCCGCGGGCACCACCAGCUCCAUGUCCCACGUGGACUCGGACUCGGACUCGCCGCUCUCCCCCGCCGGCUCCGAGGGGCUGGGCUGCGCCCCCGCGCCCGCCCCGCGCCCGCCGGGCGCCGCCGCGCUGGGGGCCAAGGUGGACGCGGCCGAGGUGGACGAGCGCUUCCCCGCCUGCAUCCGCGACGCCGUCUCGCAGGUGCUCAAGGGCUACGACUGGAGCCUGGUGCCCAUGCCCGUCCGCGGCAACGGAUCGCUCAAAGCCAAGCCGCACGUCAAGCGGCCCAUGAACGCCUUCAUGGUGUGGGCGCAGGCCGCCCGCAGGAAGCUGGCGGACCAGUACCCGCAUCUGCACAACGCCGAGCUCAGCAAGACCCUGGGCAAGCUCUGGCGUUUACUGAGCGAGAACGAGAAACGUCCCUUUGUGGAGGAAGCCGAGCGGCUCAGGGUGCAGCACAAAAAGGAUCACCCGGAUUACAAAUACCAGCCCCGGAGGAGGAAAAGCGUCAAAGCCGGGCAGAGCGACUCGGACUCGGGGGCUGAGCUCAGCCACCACGCCAGCACCCAGCUCUACAAGGCCGACACGGGGCUGGGGGGCAUGGCCGACUCCCACCACCACGGGGAGCACGCAGGCCAACCCCACGGACCCCCCACGCCGCCCACCACCCCCAAAACCGACCUGCACCACGGCAGCAAGCAGGAGCUGAAGCACGAGGGCCGGCGCCUGGUGGAGAGCGGCCGCCAGAACAUCGACUUCAGCAACGUGGACAUCUCGGAGCUCAGCAGCGAGGUCAUCAACAACAUGGAGACCUUCGACGUGCACGAGUUCGACCAGUACCUGCCCCUGAACGGCCACGCGGCGCUGCCGGCCGAGCACGGCGCCGGCGCCGCCUCCUCCUACGGCGCCUCGUACGCGCACUCGGGCGCGGCCGCGCAGGUGUGGACUCACAAGAGCCCGGCCGCGGCCUCGCCGGCGGCGCCCGAGCCGGGCCAGCAGCAGCGGCCUCACAUCAAGACGGAGCAGCUGAGCCCCAGCCACUACAGCGAGCAGCCCCACGGCUCCCCGGCGCACUCCGACUCCUACGGCUCCUACGGCGGCCAGGCCUGCGCCACCUCGGCCGCCCCGGCCGCCACCGCCGCCGCCUCCUUCUCCAGCUCCCAGUGUGACUACACGGACCUGCAGAGCUCCAACUACUACAACCCCUACCCCGGCUACGCCUCCAGCCUCUACCAGUACCCCUAUUUCCAUUCCUCGCGCCGCCCCUACGCCACCCCCAUCCUCAACGGGCUGUCCAUCCCGCCGGCGCACAGCCCCACCGCCAACUGGGAGCAGCCCGUCUACACCACGCUGACCCGGCCUUAAAGGAUUCCCGGAGCCUCCCGGGGCUCCCCUGGAAUUAUGCACUAAUGAAGGAAAGAGGAGGAAGAGCGUGGAGUGUUCCAAAGUGCCUCCUGAGCCGCUGGGAACUUUCUGCUGGUCGCCACCUUGCUUCGAAACUCCCCCCGAAAGGACAGAGCUCUAUUUUUUUUUUUUUUUUUAAAUUUUAUUUUCUUUGAUUCGUAGGAUUUAAGUAAUUCAAAAAACUAAAAAAAAAAAAAAAAAAAACCAACCAAACAAAGGACAGAAAAUUAAAUAAAAAAAAGCAAGAGAGGUAAAAAUAAAAACAAAAGGAAAAGGAGCGGCGAUGCCUUUUGAGUAAAUGAAGGACAAAAAGUUGGACUGAGCCGAACUCGCUCGGCCUGGAAGUUUGGCCAAGUGCAAAAGGUGGAGAGAGAGAGGGGGAGACAAAACAACGACAAAAAAGCUGUUUGAGACUUUCAGGGUCUAUUGCAAUGUGAGGAACGGACCAACCUUGAGGGCAGGAACUCACUGGGACCAACAGGGAUGAGCCCCAAAAUCCCAGAAAAAUCCCGUGGGAAGAGUCUGAUGGGACCAACCAAUUCAGUGUCUGAAGUGUUUGUUGAUUUAUUUUCUUUUUUUUUUUUUAGUCAGGAGUUCUUCUAAGCAAGGUUUGGCUGUAAUUAACAUUUUGUUUUGGGUUUUUUUUUGUUUUUGGAAGCUUCAAAUGUUUUUGGUUGUUCUGGUUUUGUUUUUUUUUUUUUUUAAUCUGUUAAAUAUGUAUUUAUGUUCUGUAUUAUUUUGUCUUUUAAUUAAUGAAGUCAUUUUGUGCAAAACGAAAAAAAAGUAGAAUUUUUAAAAGAUUUUAAAGAUGGGGGAGGGAGCCUAAAAAAAUAGUGGAGAUGAUACAAUAAACUGGUGUUAUGAGUCUAUAGAUUUUCCUUGGUUUUUGGGUUUUUUUCAUUUUGGAACCGCUGCAGGAGCCGUGCUGGAGAGAGGGACUGAAGGAAUCCAUCCGCCUGGAAACUCCAGUGGGAAUGUCAAAUAACGAGGGGGGGAAUUACUAAUUCAACUGGGAGGCUCAAAUGCUGCCUGAAAAGGGCAGGUGAUUUUCUGGCCACCUGUUUUGGGCCGUUAAAAUGGGAUUUCAGGAGUCUUCGGAGGCUUUCAGAACCAGGACUGCUUUAAAGGAGCUGUAAUUCCAUGAGAAACCAGCGACUUCUGCUUUAAUUUUGGCUUCUAGGGACCAGAUAUCAUCCAUCAAGCUGUGAAACUAAAACCUCCUCCUCCACUAAAAAAAAUGGGUUUAGGGUACUUAGUUUUUAGACUAAUAUUUCAUUGAUAUAUUUCUACUUCUUCCAUUGUAUGCUGAGCAUAUAAAUAACCAUCUAUUUUAUGGGAACUCGUGCCUUUAAAAGCCUUUGUAAAUCUAAAACCACCUUUCAGAGGUUAUUCAUCUUUUUACCUUUUCUACGUUUCCUACUCUUUUUUCUAAAAAAAUAUUUUUUUGCAUAUUUCCUUUCGUGGCGGGGGAGGGAGGGACACGCUGGGCUGGGGGAAAAGACAAAAAAAGCUCAUUUUUAUGCAAUCUAUUUUUCUGUAUAAAGUUUGAAAGACUUUUGGUUGUUACUGAUCUGUUCUCUUCACUCGCUUCUGACUAAGCAAUGCUAACUUUUGUACAGAUCCAUUUGAUAAAAUUAAAAAGUGCUUUUUAUCAA